AUGCCAUGGUACUCCUCACCAGAACUCUUCCCACUCUCAGUCCGCCCAAUGGCAUCCGCUAUCAACGGAAUGACAUCAUGGCUCUUCUCCUUCAUCAUCGUCUACGCAUCACCAGCAAUGAGGAAGUCCAAGAUGGGUGACCUCGGUCUCUUCCUCUUCUACGGUAUCAUCACAAUCGCCGGCACAAUCUUUGGCUUCUGGUUCAUCAGAGAACCACAAGAAGACAAAGCAGAAUCUCUCGACAACGAUGAAGAUGUACAGGCUUAA